UGGACUGCGGGCGGGAGCCGCCCCCGAGCACAAUCCGGCCGCGGGAGGAGCCAACUUUGAGGUUGGGGCCCCGCGCUCCACCGGCGGGGACGGAGGGUGACGGCAGCCGCCCCGUCCUGCCCUCAGGUCCCCAGCAUGUCCUCCUCGGCCCCCGCUGCAGAGGAAGAGGGAACCCCCGCCCAAUCCGCGUCCGAGAAGGAGCCCAAAAUGCCCGACCCCCGCGAGGAGAGUGAAGAGGAGGAGGACGACGACGAGGAGGAGGAGGACGAGGAGGAAGAAAAAGAAAAGAGUCUCAUCGUGGAAGGCAAGAGGGAAAAGAAGAAAGUAGAGAGGUUGACAAUGCAAGUAUCUUCUUUACAAAGAGAACCAUUUACGAUUGCACAAGGAAAGGGGCAGAAACUUUGUGAAAUUGAAAGGAUACAUUUCUUUCUGAGUAAGAAAAAAACAGAUGAACUAAGAAAUUUACACAAACUGCUUUACAACAGACCAGGCACAGUGUCCUCGUUAAAGAAGAAUGUGGGUCAGUUCAGUGGCUUUCCAUUUGAAAAAGGGAGUAUUCAGUAUAAAAAGAAGGAAGAAAUGUUGAAAAAGUUUAGAAAUGCUAUGUUAAAGAGCAUAUGUGAAGUUCUUGAUUUGGAGAGAUCUGGUGUAAAUAGUGAACUGGUGAAGAGGAUCUUGAAUUUUUUAAUGCAUCCAAAACCUUCAGGCAAACCAUUGCCAAAAUCUAAAAAAUCUUCUAGCAAAGGCAGUAAAAAGGAACGGAACAGUUCUGGAAUGGCAAGGAAGGCAAAACAAACCAAAUGUCUUGAAAUUCUGUCAGAUGAAUCUAGUAGUGAUGAAGAUGAAAAGAAAAACAAGGAAGAGUCUUCAGAUGAGGAAGAUAAAGAAAGUGAAGAGGAGCAGCCACCAAAAAAGACAUCUAAAAAAGAAAAAACUAAACAGAAAGCCACUUCUAAAAGUAAAAAGUCUGUAAAAAGUGCUAAUGUUAAGAAGGCAGAUAGCAGCACCACAAAGAAGAAUCAGAACAGUUCCAAAAAAGAAAGUGAAUCUGAGGAUAGUUCAGACGAUGAACCUUUAAUUAAAAAAUUGAAGAACCCACCUACAGAUGAAGAGUUAAAGGAAACAGUAAAGAAAUUACUGGCCAGUGCUAAUUUGGAGGAAGUCACAAUGAAGCAGAUUUGCAAAGAGGUAUAUGAAAAUUAUCCUGCUUAUGAUUUAACUGAGAGAAAAGAUUUCAUAAAAACAACUGUAAAAGAGCUGAUCUCUUGAGAUAGAAGACAAAGAUGACUUGUUCCCAUAGUUUGGAAGAUCUGAUUUAAACGUUAUACCAGCAAAGAGAAUGUAUUUCCUUUUCUGAAUCCUUGUGUUGGUAAAACUUAAUGCUGACCUUUUUAUCUUGGGUGUUAAUGUAAAUUUGAGUUUGUCAUUUUAAAUCGCCUUUUUGUGCUGUUUUUAGCUUAAAAUCUUGCAUGGCAGUAAUUGUUACUUGCUUUUAUAGUUGAAUUUUGUACAUUUUGAAUUUCUUUAUAUAAGGUUAUAGAUUCCUGAACUGUGGGUUUUAGUGCACUUAAUAUUAGCUUGCUUAUGACACACUUUUAAUCAAGUAGGAAAAAAACUAUUAUAAGUGGCAUUUAUACAUGCAGAGACUAUUGCAGUAUUUAGUAUAUAAAAUAUUUUGAAUACACAUCUCUUCUGUCAGUGAACUCAGUGGCAGUGUGUCCAUCAUGUUAAAUUACACAAGCCAUCUGGAUUAUUAAAUGAGAACUUUCUUCUGCAUGUGUAUAUAUGCCAAAUUGCUAGCAUGACAGAAGUGACAGAUCUUAUUUUUGUAUUUUUAAAAAACAAUUUGUUGUAUAUAGUUUUUUUAUUUCUUUUGUGCAGAUCAAUUUUUAAACUCAUAUAGGUAGGUACUUUACACUUGUAAACUAUGAAGUGUCAGUGUUAGCCAGACAAUGACAGAGCAGAAUUCAGUGAUGAGAACACUGCAUGAACUGUCUAGUUCUGCUUUGCCCUGAAAGUGUCAUCAAUUUAGUUUUAGUGUUAAUUCUGCAAAAGCAUAAUGUUUCAUAUUAAGCACAGA